AUGGGGCAGAGAGAUGCCUUCCUUGUCGCUUACUACGAUGAGAGCGAUGUGUGGCCGCUGCUGCGACCAGCCAUAGAGAGGCGUCUGCCUCUGGAGUCAGUGCUGCUGCGGGGAGCAGCAAGCAGCAGCAGCAGCAGCAGCCCUGUUUAUUUGUCUUUUGAAGCGGAGAGUCUCUCUGUCUCGUCCUCUCCAGCAGUAGCAGCACCAACAGCAGCACAGGGGGCCCCUGCUGCUCUUUCUGCUGCACAGAAGGCAGCAGCGGGUGCCCUGGCUUCCCUGGGUGUGAGUGUUGCUGCAGCAUCGCUUGCUGCUGCUGCUCCCGCUGCGCCUGCAGCAGCAGCAGCAGCAGCGGCUGCUGCUGCUGCUGCAGGCGCAGCGGUGUCUCCCAGUCUCCUCUGGACAGCAGCAGAGCGGCCGUUUGUCUAUUUGCUGCUGCUGCAGCAUGAAAGCAUUGAGGUGUAUAGGCAGCAGCAACGGCGGCUGCUGCGUUCUUGGGUGGAGAGACACCUGGAGCAUCAUGACGAGUGGUUGGUUGUUGCUGUUAGCCCUCUCAGCAGCAGCGAAGCAGUUAUAAAGCAGCAAAAGAAAUAUACAGAUAAGAUUCGUACAGACUUAAGCAACAAAGACAGAGUCCUUCGUCUCCCCCUGGGAUCGUACGAUCCCACGCAUCAACCCGUAGCUGAGCAGCUGUGGAAGGCCUUCUUCCUGAGGCUUCGUGAGGCCCUCGCAAGCGCCGUUGAGUACCGUAUGCUGUUGGCAGAGGAUGUGCUGCAGCGCAUGCAGCAGCAGCAGCAGCAACAGCAGCAGCAGCAGCAGCAAAGUGCAGGCAUUUUAGCAGCCAAAGAUGCUCUUGCCUGUCUCCUAGGGAAGUGCGGUCGGUACGAAGAGGCCCUGCAGGUGCUUGACUCAUUGGUGGGGCCUCGUUUGUCUCUUACUGCAGCAGGAGGAGCAGCAGCAACAGCAACAGCAGCAGCAGCAGCAGCAGGAGAGUUUAUUGUUGGGGGCGUGGAUGGGCUGCCGCUGCUGGCUUGUACUUCAAGGGCCUCUGUACUGUCUCCUCAGCUGCGCUCAGGGGCCUUAGGGUUGCUGCAGACGCGAGAGUUUAUAUUCAGCAGACAGGCGGUGCUGCUGAUUCGAUUAGGGAGAAUAGAGGAGUUGGGGGCGAGGGGACUGUCUCUUUUCGAGGGUGCAGUUAAGGCAGCAGCAGCAGCUGCUGCUGCUGCUGCAACAGCAGCAACUACAAAAACAACAACAGCAACAGCUGUCCAGACACCUGAAGCCUAUAUCAAGUGUAUGAACAGCAGCGAGUCCCUCGCUGCGAAGGAUUGUGAUGACGCCUCUUCGGGUGUCUGCACGUCUUCAUCGACAGCUGCUACAUCAGGAGCAGCAGGAGCAGCAGGAGGAGCAGCAGGAGCAGCAGGAGCAGCAGCAGGAGACACAGGAGAGAGUGGAGGACGCGCUUCAGGUGUCUCUCAUGUCUUUGCUUCUUCCUUCCCGCUGCUGCGGCGCCCCACAUCUGCUGUUGCUCGUACUCUAACUCGCUUUGCUCCUAGCCACCUCACCUUCUUACCUUCAAGGAGACAGCUGGGGCACAGCCGCAGCAGCAGCAGACUGAAGGAUGACACCGACGCAGCCCCCCUAACGCACCAGCAGCAGCAGCAGCAGCAGCAGCAGCAGCGGCAUCGCACUCUCUUUCGCACGGGAGGAGAAGGCCGAGAGCGCCAAGAAGGCGAAGGCAGCAACACCCCCACACGGAGGAGCUGCAGCAGGGGGAGAGACAGAGCUGGUGACAUCUACAGCAGCAGCAGCAGCAGCAGCGGUGAGGGCUCAUCUGGAGACACCGCUUCGGGGCAGGCGAAGAGUGCUGCGUCUCUGUAUGCCUUUGUUACGCAACAGCUGCCUCGCCUUGCUCGCCUGAAGACAGGUGCUGAAUGGGGUGUCUCCUUUAGUCUCCUCCCCCCUACUCCCCCGCGAGGCCCAGGGUGUCUGUCUCCUUCUCCUUCUGUAGAUCUCAAUGGGGCUGCUCAGGCUGCUGAGGAGACAGAGUCGCAGCAGCAAGCCCGAGCAGACACAGCUGCUGCUGCUGCUGCUGCUGCUGCUGCUGCAGCAGCAGGAGGGGACAACGCACUCCUGUUUUUCCCUGCUGAUGUUGUAGAUGAGAUGAGAGACACCCUGGAGGUGUACACACCAGCCGAUCUUAGAGCAGCUCUUGCAAGCCCUAAGAAGCUGCAGGCGCUGUCUCUUCGUUUGCUGCUGCUCGGGGGACAGCAUUAUGUUAAUUGUGGGUUCUUCCGUCAUGCUGCGCUGCUGCAGCUGCAGAUUGCUGCUGCGCACCUCCAAAGAGGAGACAGCCGCGAGUGUGAGCUGGCUAUACACCGCAUGCUGCCUCUCUUUCUAAAGGAGCCCUGGACAGACAAGCUGCUCGCUCGAGCGGAAGCCUUACAAGGAGACAGAGGAGGGACCCUAGCGACAUUAUUUGUUCUUAGCAACGCUGCUGCUGCUGGGAGACAGCAGCAUCAACACGCGCAGCAGCAGCAGCAGCAGCAGCAGCAGCAACAGCAACAGCAGCAGCAGGUCGACUGUCUUGAAACCAUAGACGCAGAGGGCCCCGAUGGCUGUCUCCGUCGUUUCCUCGCCUUAGCAGCAAGAAAGAGCACAGGGCAGCAGGAGACUGCAGCAGACGCAGCAGCAGCAGCAGCAGUUGCAAAGCCUUCCUCCUUCCAGCAGCAGCAGCAGCAGCAGCAACAGCAGCAACAUGAUGAUGGUGAGGUAGAGACUGGUUCGUGGAGUGCGCUGCAGGAGGAUAUAGGUCUCCCUGCAGUUUUAUUGAAUAAGGUGUCUGUACACCUCAAGGCCGCCCCUAAUCUAUUUGCGUGGAUAGCAGCAGCACCCCACAGAAGCCCCCCUGACAAGCAGCAGAAGCAGCGCACUGCUCUCCCCGUAGCGUAUCUGCCGUAUCUGCAGCGAGCAGGCAGCAGCUGGACAGCAACAUCUCGCUUGUCUCUGCAGUCUCCUCUUGCAGGGGGCCCCCUGCUGCGAGGCGCAACCCGGGGCUGGCAGGGAGACUAUGACCUCAGGGGCCCCCACCCCCUCAAUGCUGCUGCUGCUGCUGCUGCUGCUGGGGGUGCUGCAGCAGAGGGCCCUGAUGGUUAUUCAGUGUAUGGGGAUAGAGAAGGGUUUGCUGCUGCUCAUUACAUGCAGCAGCAGCAGCAGCAGCAGCAGCAGAACUCUAUGAGUCAGGAGUUACUGGAGCAUGCAGUGCUGCGGCAGCUCGCAGAUUUGCUGCCGCUAUAUUCGUUGCAUGCAGCAGCAGCAGCAGAUAUACACCCUAGCCUUCGGGUGUAUGAAUGCAAUUUGCUGCGACUGAAGCCUAACACAAUCGCUGGGGUCUUAGGCCAGGGUUUGAAACCACCUGCCCUUUCUUCUUCUUCUGGGGGCCCCCUCCUCUCUGCGCAGCAGCAACCACCGUCUCCUGCUGCUGCAGCAACACAAGAAGCCCCUGCUGCUGCCACGCACUCUAAUGCAGCAACAGCAGCAGCAGCAGAACAACAACAAUAUGGUGCAGCAGAAAAUACAGAAACAGCAGCAGAAGGAGACUCUAAGCAAACAUCAGAGGCAGACCUCACAGAAGGAGACACUUGCGAAGGACGAGACGCACCACAUCAUCUGCCUGCUGCUGCAGCAGCAGCAGCAGCAGCAGAGCGCCAGGACAAGCUGCAGGGUGCCCCAGCUAGUACAGCAGGCCCAGGGCAUAAUGGAGGGACGCCUUCCCCACAUGAACAGCAGCAGCAUAGAGACACCUCGCCGUCUCCAGCACGCAGCCCCUCCCCGGUGCAUGCAGCAGCAGCAACUGCAGCAACUGCAGCAGCAGCAGCUGCAGCAGACGAGCAGUUGGGGACAGGGAAACUCGAAGAGGGUUCACCUCUCGGCGAGGGGGCAACAGUUUCAGCCCUAUGUGCUGCCUUCCAGCAGCAGCAGCAGCUGCAGCAACAGCAGCAGCAACAGAAACAGCAUCAUCAGCAGCAGCAGGAGCAGCAAGAGCUGCUGAGUGCUGGCUCUGAAGACGAGGCACUGUCUCUCCCCCCAGCAAGCCCCACUAGACGUCUGCGCUCUCGAGCUGUCUCUCUUAUGCAAACCUGCAGCGCCAGGGGUUGCACCCCUUCGCUGUCUGUUGCUUUAGGAGAGACAAUAGAGAUUCAGGUGUACGUACACUCGGCGUUGGUGCUGCCGCUGCCCCUUGAUGCUGUAGCUCUCCGCCUCUCCAGCGUCCCUGCUGCAGCACGAGGCCUCGCCCUACCCCCAACUGCAGCAGCUGCAGCAGCAAACGCUGCUGCCGAGUCCUCAGGGUGGUUGGUGGUAACUGCUUCUUCUCUGCUGCAGCAGCAGCAACAACAGAAGCAGCGAGCGCAGCAUCAGCAGAAGCAGCAGCAGCAGCAAGGGGGGGCUUUGGUGCUGUAUCCAGGAGCUAAUGUGCUGCGGCUGCUCUGGUGCUGCUGCAAGCCGGGUGUCUUCUUAAUUGAGCAGAUUUGCCUCAUGUAUAAAGAUAUUGUCUUUGUGCAGUGGGCUGGGGAUCUCCCGCCCCCAGCGCUUCUCCCUAAGGUUGCUGAAGCAAUGGAGGCUGCUCUUGUAGGCACUGCUGCUGCUGCUCCUGCUGCUGUUGCUGCUGAGGGUGCUCAAGCAGCAACCGCUCCUGCUGGUGCAUCAGGAGAAGCAGCAGGAACAGGAACAGCAGCAGCAGCAGCAGCUGCUGCUGCUGCAGCAGCAGCAGGUGGUGUGAGGCCUAGAACGAAUCCUUACUACGUGCGUGAGGACGGGGGCGACCAGCUGUCUGCUGCUGCAUUUGCUGGGCGGCUGUUCGGUGAUCCCCGCGCCUUUGCUGUCUCCUCUUGCUCACCAGCAGGAGCAACGCUGCUGCACCCAUGUGCUGCACUAGAGAGACUGCUGCACCCGCUUAUGCUGGAGUAUAGACACCCCAGCACCUGCGUUGCCGUGCAAGUAGACCCCUUACUCCCGCAGCAGCACCACCUGCUGCUGCAGCGACUCCGUCUCUUACAGCAGCAGCAGCAACAGCAGCAGCAGCAGCAGGAGCAGCAGGAGGAGGGGGAACAGCUGUUUCUUGAUUUGCUGCAGAGCAGCAACUCAAAUAUUCUUCUUGAAGGAGUUCAGUGUUAUCUGCUGCUAACAAUUAGCGUCCCUUGGGGCUUCUUAGAGGGCAGCGCGCCUCGGCUAAGGGUGCUGCAGGCAUUAAGUAUGGGGGCCCCCAGCAGCUGCAGCAGCAGCAGCAGCAGCGAAGCAGAUCAAGAGAUACCCGAGAGUGUCUCCACAUCGCAGGCGAGCAGGGCUUCUUCAGGGUGGGGGCCCCAGGGGGGCCCCAGGGGCAGCGGGAACAGGGGAGACACACAUGUUGUCUUUGGUGAGAGGCAGCAGCUCAGCAGCAGAGACAGCAGCAGAGAGAGCAGCAGAGACGGCCGCCAGGGGGUGUCUUCGCCAUCGGGUGCUGCUGCUGCUGCAGCUGCAGCGCAGCAAGGGAGGGACUCCUUGAGGGAUACCCCUAGCUGCUGCGGUCUUCAAGCGUCUCCAGAAAUGCCCGCACACUGCAGCAGCUGCUGCUCUCCUGUCUCCUCUCCUAGGCCGCUGCAGCUGCUAAUAGACUGGGCAGGGGCUCACUGUCUCUCUAUCGACGGUGCCCCCACGCUGCUGCCGCUGCCACCCUGGAGACGGGGCGCUCCCGCAGCAGCAGCAGCAGCAACAGCAGCAACAGCAGCAACGCCAACAGACGCAGCAGCAGCAACAGCACCAGAGAGCAAGGGCAACAGACUCGAGCUGCAGCAAAUGCAGCAGCAGGUUAUAUGCGACUCGGAAGGAGCGGAGGUAGUUGUAGCAGUGCCCCGAACCAACAAAACCAGCAGCAGCAGCAGCAGCAGCAGUGAGGAUGAAGAGAUAGGGUGGAUAUCGCUGCCUCCAUUUAGAUCCUGCGUGCAGCUGCUGCUGCCUGUCUCUGUUUGCUGCGCCCCUGGUGGGGGCCCCCUUGGGGGCCCCGGGCUGCACCUGCAGCGGACAGGGGAUUGCUGCUACCCAAGUUCAGAGUCAUUUGUCUCCUCAGGUGCUGCUGCAGCAGACCUCUCUAGGAGUGUGUCUCGGCGUCAGUGGCGCUUUGAGGGGACUUGUGGGGAGUGUGAAGGGAUGAAGAGACACCGCAGCGAGUCAGUUGUCUCUGGAGGGCUUUCGGGUCUCUGCCGCUGCCGCUGCAGCAGCAACAUCAGUGUCUCUGAAUCCCUCAGCCGCAGCAGACACAGCAGGGCCCCGCUGGGGGCAGGUGAAGGAAGGGGGCUGGUAACCGUAGCCACUGCGUUGGCCUUUGCAUGCAAGAAGAGACUGCCUGCUGCUGCUGCUGCUGCUGCACCGCCUGCUGCUGCUGCUGCUGUCCCCGCUGCUGGAGACACUACCGUCACACCCACCCCACACAAUGAGGGGGGCCCUCACGAGCUGGGGGUCUUCCCAGCGACGGUACUGCCGGAUGCUGCCUCCUGCUGCAGCCCCAGCGGCAGCAGCAGCAGCAACUGCUGCAGCGACAGCAGCAGCAGCAACGAGGAGACGGAAGUGGUGGAGCUGCGGCUGCACAGCGUGGAGGUUAGUGCUGCUCUGACUCACACUGUCUCCUUUUCGCGUGUCUCUGAUACCGUACGCAUCGUUCAGCUGCUGCUAAAGGCUGCUGCUGCAGCAGACAGUCUUGUACUCAGGUCUGCAACCAUUGUACCCAGGCCACAGCAGCAGCAGCAGCAGCAAGAUGAGGAGCAGGUGCAGCAGGCUGGUGGGGCGGCUGCAGUUUCGACGGUUAGUAGUAACAAAGAGCAGCAGCAGCAGCAGCAGCAGCUGGAUGCUCCUUUUGUCUCUCUCAUAGCUCCACCCAACCCGCUCUCUAUGGAGACCAGGACCCAGGCCGCAGAGACAGUUACGCUGGAUACGCGGCUGCCGCCCAGUGCCGUGCAGACGCUGUUGGUGAGGGUGGAGUACCCUCUCCCUGUCCCCCGCAGCAGCAGCAACAGCAGCAGCAGCAGCAGCAACAGCAGCAGCAUCAGCAACAGCAGCAGCAACAACAACAACAACAGCAGCAGUAGUAGUAACAGCCCGUGCAUGGUGUUCUAUGAUUUAGUUGUCUCCUACGAGAUCGACAGCGGACAUCCAGGAGACACCCCUUUGCAGCGCUGUGGGGACCCUGGCAGCAGCGCGAACAGCAGCAGCAGCAGCAGCAGCAGCAGCAGCAGUCUGCUGUCUUACGUAGUUCCGCUGCAGCUGCCAGCAAGAGCGUCUCCGCUGCUGGUUGAGGUGGAGUGUCCCCGACUGGGGCGAGAGACAGUCGAGAUAUGCCACCGCGUAUGUUUAGAGUUUGAUAGGCAGGAGCAGCAAAACGCAGGAAGAAGGAGACAGAGGACCUCAGGGGAGACACAAAGUCAAACCAAAUCCCCGAGAGUAGGCGAAUGUCAUGACUGGCUAAUGGCGGGGACAAAGUGCAAGGCGCAUGUCUUAGAAGGAGGUAAGAGCGUUACUGUCUCCUUCUCUGCAAUACCCCUACGUGCGGGUUCUCUGGGUCUGCCGUUCGUUCAACUGCUGCACCGGAGGGCCCCCAUCUCGGGGCCCCCUGGGGGCCUUGUAGGCAGGGGUUUGCCGCACACGUUCGCUGCUGCUGCUGCUGCUGCUUCUGCUGCACCAGCAGCAGCAGCAGCAGCAGCAGGGGCAGAGGGACAGCCAAGUAGCAGCAGCAGCGACGCGCUGCUGCUGUCUAGCCCCUGGGACUCCCUCUUUGGGGGUGAGUCUCUAACGGCAGGCAGAGAAGUGCUUGUGCUCCCUAAGCUCGUCUCCACGCCUGAAGUCAGACUGCUUAACGACCGCGGUAUUGUUGGUGCUGAGGUGUACGUACACCCCGUAAUGUGUACGGGGCCCCACAAGUCUGCGGCAGUUGUUUCUGGUUCUGCGUCUUUGUCUCUGUUUUUGUAA